AUCUCUUUUGUUUUCACGAGUGUGAGAUCGUUACCACGUCCUAAAUCUGCCCUUUUUCGACGGUCCGUAAAGGCAGCAUCGUCUGCACUGAAGGUUCAAACGGCGGGAGAUUUGCAACGGCUAUUAGCUAAAAAGCUAAAAAGUCCUCGGGACCCGAAACCAAGCACAAUGAGUUAUGUGAGGAACAUAAAGGAAAUGUUGAACAUACCAGCUGGAACCAGAAAUGUUGCCACCAAUGGAUACUCCGGUUUGACAGAUUCCCAGCUUUUCUUUGGGUCACAGUUUUGGCAUGAGCAGUCCCAGGGUAUGUCCCAGGAAAUGAGUCUGUCGUCCAGAAACUCCCAACAAAGUUCACAGGAGGGAAGUGACCCAAAAUUUUUAAGCAGGUACACCUCUAAACCUAGCCUGUUUGGAGACUUGAAGGACAAAGCGAGAACCUCGAGCUUGCUCGACAAGUUUGAAGAGGACAGGAAAAAAGCAAAAGAAAAAAGUGACAGUGAUCAAUUCCUUAAAGAAUCCCAACAUAUCAGAGAAACUCUCAUCAAUAUUCAACAACUGGUGGCUGGCACUGAGAAAAAUACGACUGUGUGCCAAACAAUCUUCAAUACGUUUGAAAGUUUUGCAUCUUCAUUGAAAAACAGUUUGGAGCGCUUUCAAAGAGACAUUUCGCAGAUGUUUGAGACUUUGGUGGACAAAUUAAGCUCUCAGAAGGAAGUGAUGACAGAGCUGGAGGAUAAACUUCAAAAGAAUGAGGACAGCACAGCAGGGCUGGAAACACAACUGAAAAACUUAAGCAAGAGUCUGGAGUGUCUCAGAGAGGAGCAGGAACGGGAACAAAGAAUGCUGGAAGAGGCCCUGACGGUGCUCAGCUCUCUUAUCCCUAAGCCGUCAGAUAAACCCAGUCCUAAAGCCACGACAGACAGUGCCGUUCAGACAUCCCCAGAGAGGCACCAGUCUGUGCCCUACAUUCUGGAGAAUAGCCAAACCGACUGCACACAGCUUCCACAAGAACCGUACGACCUUAAAUGUCAGGCUGGUACCUCCCUCCAGCUUCACAGUCGCUUCCACGGGAAGAGAAGACUAAAGCCAAACAGCCAGAGGCGCAAGAAGAGACCGCUCGUGAUCUCCCAGAGGAGAAACCAGUCGGUUCCGGAUGAGAACGUCAAACCUAAGAAGCCACAGAUUACAUCAGGGUCCUUUCACGCGGACUGUGGACGGAGCACCCUGGCCGACCAGCAGAACCUCCACCCGGGCAGCCUGACACCAGCGAAGAGAGGAAGCAGGUCCGGCGGGGGCGCAGGACGUUUCAUCACCCCGCUGAGCUGCUGGUCCCAGGACAGCAACAGCUCCGAGUGCCUCGCUGCCCUGGACCCCAUCCUGGAGAAACUGUCCGCUGAGUCAAAGAGUGGCGCCCCGGAGGAGCACCCCGGCUUGUGGGAGCUGUUUGACUCAGACUUAGGCUUUUAGAGGGAAGCUUAAAGCACACAGCUUUCUUUGUCUGGUUCUCAUUAGUGAAUAAGAGUCACAUCUGUUAAUAUAAAACAAUAUUUAUUAUUACUGUAACCAGAGUUAUGUUGAAAAGCUCUUCUGUUUUUUUUCUGAACACAAGGGUAGUUUAAGAAUAUAUAUCUUAAUAUAAAAAGUAGAAGUAUAUAAGAGAGGAGACUGAUCCUCAAAGUAUUUCACAUAUUUAAAUGGUCUUGUUUUUUCUGCAUACAUUGAAAUUUAUUUAAGUUUUACACUGCUGAGUUAAAUUAUAUUUCCACUUUAGUGUGAAAAUAAACUGAUAAUAAACAAAUUAAAGUUC